AAUUGUGGCCACGAUUUACUGAAUCCCAAAUACUUGUGGGACGAGACGAAGAAAGUGGAGCCGUGGAUCAGAUUGCAGAUCAAAUGCCUGCUCGCAAACUAUUCAAACGAGUUUGAUUUGGCGCUCAUUAAAUGGCUCACGAGUUGUGAUUACAAUACAGUUUUAAAGUCGGUUAAAAAGUCAAACGCUGUUAAUGUGAACAAUAGUUAUGGCAACAAACGGAUCAAUUACUUCGAGGGCCAAAUCGGCGAACCAGAAGUGGCCAGAAUUGUCGAGAGCCGAGAGUUUGAUCAAAAUGUUGAAAUUGGCUUAAGAUUUAAGACAGCAAAUAAGGCACAAAACUUCAAUUGCAACACAAUAUUCACCGCAAACCGAAAGACGUUGAAACAGAUCCCGCAAUCAGUUAGGGAUCAACUGAAACGAGUGAUGAUAAACGAGAUAUCGUCCAAAAACGUGAUGAAAUACGAAGAGGCCGUUUGUCUGUCGGACAUAACACAGUUGUCGUACACGAAUCGGUGGAGACUUUACAGACUUUGGGUCCAAAUCUAUGUGAGGAUAAAGAAAUGGCAAUUCGAUGAACUCAACGAUCGGUUUGACGUCGAGAUCGCGGCCCAGAAGAGGCUGUUUGUCGACACCGAUGUACUGUUGAUCGGCGGCACUGAUAUCGUCGGUAUGACCACAACGGGUGCCGCCAAAAACAGAUCCAUUCUGGAGAGGAUUGACCCGCAGAUAGUGGUGGUGGAAGAGGCGGCCGAAGUGAUUGAGAGUCAUAUCAUCACGUCGUUGACCAGAAACACUGAACACCUGAUCCUAAUCGGUGACCACAAACAACUGCGGCCACAGCCGGCUGUAUAUCAGUUGGCCGUCAAAUACAAUUUGGAUGUCUCUCUGUUUGAGCGCAUGAUUAACAACGGAAUGCCAUUUAAUCAGUUAAAACUUCAGCACCGGAUGAGACCAGAGAUCUCUCGUCUAUUGGUUCCCCAUAUUUACAAACAACUCGACGAUCACGAGAGUGUCCGCCACUACGAGAAUGUCACAGGUCUGAAGCGAAACAUGUAUUUCAUCACUCAUUCACAUCCGGAAUCGGGAAACGACGAGCGGAUGAGCAAAUCCAAUGAAUAUGAGGCCCUAUUUGUGGUACGUCUGGCCAAACACCUGCUCUACCAGUGCUACGAGAAGCGGGAGAUCACUAUUCUUGUGCCCUACUCUUCGCAACUCAUACUAAUCAAUCGACUGUUGCGAUCGGAUCCCGAGUGCGAGACAAUGAGCGCCACCACUAUUGACAACUUUCAGGGCGAAGAGAAUGAGCUGAUUCUGGUGUCGUUCGUGCGAAGCAAUGCCAACCAACAAAUCGGUUUCCUGAAGACACCCAAUCGGGUCAACGUUGCCCUCUCGCGGGCCAAACGCGGUCUCUAUUGUGUCGGCGAUUUUGACUUCUUCGCCAAAAACAGUAAACUCUGGUCUCAGAUCACUAACCAUUUGCGNGUGACCAGUACUUCAACAAAUUCUUCAUUAUCAUCGGCGGCGGUGUUGUCUGAUAUGAUCCCAUGA